AUGACUGAAAAAUAUCGUAUAUCAACUGGCCGUGGUGGUGCAGGAAAUAUACACGCCAGUGACAGCAGGGCAUCUCCAAAGCUAAUUAAACAAGGUUCUCAGACUCCUAGUAUCUUACAACCUGUCUAUAGUACUGGUAGAGGUGGUGCUGGUAAUAUGAGGAGGAAUACAGACCCUAAACUGACAAGGAGGGCACAGGAUGUUGAUUCUAUGAGUGAGGAUUUGAUCGAUAUUGAUGAAUUAAUGGACCAUGAGGAUUAUAUAGAGCCGGUUAACCCUGUUGGUGCUCUCCAAGCAGAUGAUAACGAAACAGCAGUAGACACUAGCAUUGGUGGUAGAAAGCAAUCAAGAUCACACACAUCAAGGUCUAGGUCAAGAUCAAGGUCAAAAUCCAGGCUUUCAAAGACCCUGAGUGCAACAAAGUCAAACACCAAACACAAACCUCAAGAAAAGGUUAUAAUCGGUCGUGGAGGUGCUGGGAAUAUAAUAUCACCUAAAAGCAGUAACCCUAAAGCCAAGCAUAUGCACUCCAAAAAUCAAAAUAAUAAAGACAAAGACAAGACUAAAAAGAAAAAAGGAUUCCUGUCGUCAAUAACCAGUAUGUUCUCUUCCACCUAA